AUGGACUAUAUUGAUGAUUCUCAGGAGCUGCCGCCGGCGCUAGAGCCGAAAGAACAGCUUGCAAGUGCUGCUAACGGCGCCUCUAAGGACGUCAAGACUGUCAAUCAUCUCGCCAAUGCCUCGUCUGACGAUGACGAAUUUGGCUUUGAUGAGCUCGUUUUGGACGAGGCCUCACUUGCCCAGCUCGAUGCACUCACCCAAUCCUACGACAGCCGUUCCACAAAGACUGACAUCGCACCGUCUUUACAAUCUAUCGAACGCUCUCAUUCGACUAGCAAGCCGGACAGGCUCGCUGUACCCGCAGCGAGACCUGCGCUGAGGGAGGUGACCAAGCUCAAUGGCGUGAUACCCCCGCCGAAGCGAGCGCGAAGAGAUCUCGUCUCGGAUGCUCACGGACGUUUGGACGACGAAGACGAGGAAGAAGACAACACAAUGGACGACAUCGUCGUCCUCAACGAGCGCGGAGACUAUGGCAUCGCUCCACGUGCUUCACAGAUGCCUGCGCAGUCACACGCGAACGGCAAGCGCGCACCUGCCCUUGCUGCGACUAAAAGCACCACUGCUUUCGCUAGCAAGCCCUUCAUUCCACCGCCGAGACAGACGCCCGCGGUGCCCUCUUCGUCAGUGAAUAGAUCAUUCGGUCGAUCAAUCAGCAUGUCUGGCGUUCCUACCUCGACUGCACGCGCAGACAUGCCAUCACGUGUCAAUGGCGUGGCGAGUAAUGGAGCUGUGCAGCCCCAGAGAUCUGUCUCGCCUCGUCCAGCUGUCAAUGCUCCGUCGAUCGCUAGUGCCCAUACGGUCGAGCUGGCAAGAUUGAGAUCGCAGCUCGAGACCGAACGAAAUGCGCGUCUGCUGGCUGAGCAGCUGGCACUCACCAAAGAGGGCGAAGCCGACUAUAUACGGCGGAGCAUGGAAAAGAAAGACAAACAGCAUGAGGCCGAUCGUCAAGCCCACCGUCGUCAACUGGAAGAACUCGAAGGCCAGAAGAAGGCUGCCGAGUCAAAAGCUCGGCGCGAAGUGGAGACUGCUCGAACAGAAGCAGCCUUUGCAGCUCAGGAAGCAGAGUCCAUGAAUCGCCGUGCGACUCUUCACAGUCCGCGUAAGCGUGCAGCUUACCUCAAUUCGGUGGAUCGAUACAGUACCGCUCGACGCCAUCCUCGUGGCGAAGAGAGCCAGCUCAUGGCUCCACCGCCGCCUCUGCGCUACUCUCCCACGAAGUCUCAGGCGAAGCGGCCAGGGCUGGCAGGACUGAGAGCGGUCCCGCCCGAGCCACCAACAAUCAAAUCAAAAGGCAAGCAGGGAUCGGUCACCCGCAUGCGUGGCUUCGAGAACAGCUUCAUUGACUCGCCCAGUCUGGCCGCAGCUUCUAAGCAGCGUACACGUCAGCGUGAUGAAAGCGUCACACCGCGACCCGACAGAAGGCAAUCCGUCAUGCCCGAUGCAGACACGCCUUUCCUGUCUCGCGGUAGACCGCCAGACUCAGAACUACCCAAGAUUGAGGCCGCUCCUGCGGCUCCCGAGCCUGCUACACCUCCCAGCUCCCAGCAUUCGAUGAUGAUGAUCGAUACAUCGGUCACCCAAGAGUCGCCCCAGGAAGCUCUGACGCGUCGUUGUGCUCACCUGCGCGAGGACAUCUUGUCUGCUCUCUUGACACACCGUCUGAUGGGCAGCACAGAAGUGUCCGAUAGUGCACGGACAUAUCGCUUCAUCAUCAGUCCAACUUUUGGCGAAGCGAGCCCUGCCGAUCAGUUGGCCUACCUCAAUCUAGCGCAAAGCAUCUUCACACAAUUUGCGCGAUCUAGCGACAUGCUCUUUCGAGAUUGUCCGCCCGACAUUGCGAUACGCAACCUUGUCAGCGAACUCGCGUCGACGACAGUCAAGAUGGUUACGAUUCUAUACGAGACGAGGUCAUACAGUUCGCUGCAGCACCUGAUCGAAUGGAUGACCUACCUCAUCGUGCGCUUCCCGCACCAGUUCGGGCCCGCGUACCUGCAUGCUGCGCCAUACGACAGCCUCGAGCAAUCUACUGCAUUUUUGGCGAGUCUCGCCACGAUGAUCAGUCAUCUGCAGCCCGAGGUCGAGGAGCUAUCGUCUCUUGGGCGCACUUUGUUAUGCUGUUUAGAAGCACUCACAUCGGUCAACGCGGAGGGUGCAACAGCGGCGUUCGACGCUUUUCUGGCGAGUAAGAAAGCCAUGCCAGUCUUACUGCAAAGGUACACAGAUGAUUCUAGCAUUCGUGCACUGGCUAUGCUCAAGACGCUCGCGCUUGAGCCUGCUCUCUUCCGACAGCUCCUUGCCCAGCCCAUGCAUAUCACACGAGACGAUUCAUCAGAGAUCAAGAGUCAGAUUCCACUGGUCGAUUGGCUAGGCACUCUCUUGCGCCGUGGAAGAGAUAUCGGCCACGCCGUGAAUCUCGAUGCGGCAUCUGAGGCAACGACGAUAUUGCAUAUCCUGUCACACGCUCACAAGGACAGUAUCGUCAUGCUCAGCCAGUCUCGAAUCUUGCUGGCCAGCCUCGUCAUCCGAAUCGAUGCCGAUGUUGACAUGCUCUUUGAUCAAGGCUUCCUCUUUGCGCCGGACAGUAGCGAGUCUGUCUCAGGGUGCGUCGCCUCCCUGGCAGAUAGCGGGGUACCCGAUCGAAUGACAUCGAACAGAUUGCUUGACAGAGUGCUGAAUUGUACGCAGCUACUCGCCCGCUUAGCGCUGCAUGCUUCUGCCAGCCGAGAUCUCUCGACCGUGCUCAAAGAAGCCAUCGUCAACUUUGGCUUCAAGGGCGUCGAUCACAAGUUCACAAAGAGCAUGGGACGACUGAGCUACGGCACGCUCGCUUUCGACAUUUCUCCAGAGGACGACGAGGUGCUCUGGGAGAUCUCUGAGCUUGCGCGGGAGCUACUCGAUGCCAUCUUCUCUCCGGACGAGUCGGGUCAGCUCUAUGAUGCUCUGCAGCUCGUAGAACAGCCUGCACGAGCAGACGACUCGGAGACUGAUACCGAAGCGGAAGAAGAGGAAGAAGUGCACAUGCGAUCCAAAGCUGGUUCUGCCGUCAAGACCCGCUCACCGAGAGAUCAGAGAGGGCCGAUCGUGAUUGAGGAUGAUUAG